UCUCCAAAUCGCACACUUUAGGGCGUUUGAAUGUUUAAAAUGUUUGCGAAGUAUAGAUAAUGAUUUAUUGAUCAAUGAGAUGGAUCGUAAAGAGUCGCCAAGGUUGCUGUCUGCUGAAUACAUCAUUCACUCGGAAGUUGAGCAGCGUGUUGAGUUUUUAUUUUGGAGGGGAUGUGUAGCGUGCUAUGGAAGUGAAAUAAACGAAUAGAAGAAUUCAGACCGCUAUUUGGGUCCCGGCACCGAUGAAGAACACGCAUCGGUUUAUUUACAGUUUUGUUUAGUUUUGCGUAGAAAACGAUUUCUUAACACAAUCUAACCCAUUGAAAAUAAAUAUGAAUUUCGUUUAGCUUGUUAAUUUCAAGAUAAUUUUAAAUUUCUCUAUUGCUCAAAAACCUUUAGUGGUUUUAAUUUAAUGAUUAAAAGCCGAAAAUAGUUUUUUUAAAAAUAUUUUUGUGAAAUUUUUGCAAUGGAUCCGAAUGUACUAGUGAAUUUCAAGAACGUCUACAAGAAAUACGAGAAAAACUGGAUUCUUAGAGGCCUCAACUUAUCCAUUCAUAAAAGUACAAUCUACAGCCUGUUGGGACCCAGUGGCUCUGGAAAAACGACAAUAAUCGGUUUAAUCCUUGGAGAACUGCAACCGGAUUUCGGCGAUAUAAACUGGGGUGAAGUUCAUUCUCGAAAAGAAUUCGGCUACAUGCCACAAGCAACAUCUCUUUAUGAAGAUUUAACAAUAAAGGAAUCUUGCGUCUAUUAUUCUUACCUUUUCGGUCUUGGUGGACGCAUUCCAAAAAAAGCAAUCCAGCUGCUGAACAAGCUGGAGAUUUUCGAUUUGAACAGACUAGUCUGUACUUUAAGCGGAGGAGAACAAAGGAGAGUGAGCUUUGUCAUAGCUUUAAUUCAUGAACCGAGCAUCCUCCUUUUAGACGAACCAACUGCCAGCCUGGACUGUCUACACUCUAAAAUAAUCUGGGAACAUUUAGCAGCUCUUUCAGGUAAAGGAACGACCAUACUUCUCACGACCCAUUACGUUCAAGAAGCCGUCAAUUCAACAAAAGUUGGUUUCUUGAGGAAAGGAAAUCUGAUAGCAGAAGACAAAGUGACCGAGUUUAUCGAUAAGCAUGGCACUUCCAAUUUAGACAAUAUAUUCGUGCAGUUGUGCGCCAAGGAUAUUCAAAAAAGCGAAUGUAUCGUGGUAGACAAGUCCCAUUUGAAGUGUGCCAGUAUGAAAAUAGGUUUCCAAGGUGAUAGAUGUUUUAAAUGGCCUUGUUUUUAUGCCCAACUCGCCAAGAAUCUGAUCACUGUGAAAAGGAACCUUCUGGUCUUCUUUUGCAAUUUGUGCCUGCCGAUCGUUUUCGCGUUGUUCUUCGGCAUGGCGAUCGGGAGAGACUUGAACGAACUGUCGCUGGGAUCCGUUUCCGGCACCGUCAAGAUCUCAGAUUGCAAAGACAUGGGCACGAGGUACGACGAACUACUUCGCUGCGAGCUGCCUGAGCGGAUAGAGUGUUUCAUUUUCCAAAGGCUGGAAGAACGUUUUAAAAUGGUCGAUUACGAUGACUUUACCAAUGCGUUUAAGGAUCUGCAGAGAGCGAGGAUACACGGAAUACUGAAAUUCGAGAGGAAUUUCAGCUCCUCGUUGUCAUCUUUUUACGGCGAUGUUACCCAGUUUAAAAGUGACAAAAUAAACGAUGCGAUUAUCGUUUCUCACCUAGAUUCCUCAGAUUACGUUAAAGCCCACUUUUUAAAGAAGUUUAUAAGUAAAAGCGUCAUGGGAAUAUUCAAGGAUAUAGACGGUUUUUGCAAUUCGUCAAAAACUGCCAGCCCUAUCCCGCUCAAGUUCGAACAACCCAUUUACGGUUCGGCGGAAGCACCGUAUUCCCACUCAUUAUACCCGGCAUACGUAUGCGUUUGCUCAUUCAUCUUCACCAUUGUGUUCUCGACCCCUGCACUGCUGGUGGACAAGAAACAUGGAUGCGUGAGGCGUAAUAUGAUAUCAGGCUUAACUUAUAUGGAAAUGGUGGCCGCCCAUUUGGUCAUCCAAGUCGUAUUGAUGCUCUUGCAGGACAUUUUGAUUUUGGGCACGUUCAUCUGGAUUUUAGGGUACCCCCAGAUAGGUAGACUGUCGACGGCUCUUUCAGUCACACUGUCUUGUAACAUUAACGGCAUAGCCAUAGCAUUUUUCGUUGUCGAACUGUUCAAGAACGAUUUGGUCAUCAUGCUGACAUCAAUAGGUGCAAUGAAUUUAUCUUUACUCCUCGGAGGAAUUUUAUGGCCCCCGGUCGGUUAUCCAAAGUGGCUUCAGUGGCUCUGCUAUAUCAUACCGAAUACAAGCACUUCAAACAGCUUGCAAGCCGUCGCUUUGAAAGGCUCGACACCUUCAGACCCAUCGGUUUACAGGGCGUACAUCGAAUGCUCCUCUUGGAUUGUGAUAUGCAUUUUAGUUUGUAAUUGUCAAUUUAGAAAGAAUAAAUGAUAUUUUGGUUAAUGCCUUU